AUGGCGAGGGAGAAGAACGCGCUUGUCGCCAUGUCCAUUGCCUGUAUGGACGCGUACGGCGAGCUCGUCACCGCAGAGCUCAACCUGAAGGACCCGGAAGUCUGGCUGCCGCUUUACGCAACUGUGCUCCGCAGGUUGCUGCCGACGGGCCAGGUUCCGACUCCGGCUGCGUUGUUGGACAUUAUGCUCCUUCAUCUACUCUCGAAGAAGGAGCGCGGGGUUGUGGACAGAGGAGCUGUUGUGCAGCUGCUGGCGUGGGUUGAGCAUCUGGGCAAGGAGCGAGAGGAGGCUGAACGGCGGGCGCUAGUCGCUAUCUAG